AUGGCCCAAGUGACGACACUAACAACUGAAACAUCAAUGACAAUAGCAACAACAACAUUGGCAUACAGGACAUUAACAAUGAAAACCAACGCGAACAAAAGCAUUAACCCACUCAACAAUGACGUCAUCGUCAACAACAUCAACAUUAACAACAACAAUAAUAACAACAUUAACAACAAAAUUAUCAACAACAACACCAACAACAAUUAUACCGACAACGAUUUCAAAAACAAGAUGAACAUCCUCACAGCCAACGCAAUAAACAACAAGAACAACAAUAAUAAUAACAAAAGCAACAGCAACAACAACAACAACAUCAGAUGUACCUUCAUCCACAUCUUCCUCCUCGUAGUUCUAAUGACGUCAUCGUCGCCAUGUUUGGCGGCCAUAUUGGGAUGCAUGGAGGGUAGGAUGAGAUGUCUGGAGAUGGAAGAGUGCGGUCACGUGCUCACGUCCGUUGACCGUGUGUGUGAUCAAUCCAAAAUACUCGAUCGACGUGUUUCGAAAAUAACAUACCGACAAAAUCAAUGCGAUAAAUACCGAUUCGUUAGAAAAAAGAUGCCCAACUCGAGGGAAAUAACGAAAUAA